CAGUGUGCUGUGGGACAAGUGCCAGUGAGGUGUUCAGUGAGACAGGCUUAGGGUGACACUGAGAGGAAUUAGUGUGUAAGUGGGGUGUGCGUCCAAUUUCUAAGAAUCCUUUAUGCCAUCAAUGAAAACGUAUCAGUACUAUGUGGGGUAAACCAGGCAAACAUUUAUAAACCUAGUGUGAAAGCCCGGGAAUUAGGAAUAUGAUAGAGAGCCUAGGAAAAUGUCUCUAAUAAGGUAAUGGUGAACAUAUCAAGAAGUGAAAGACGGGUCACUAGUCAGUAUUGACUACCCUUCGUAGUGAUGUCAUUCAUAGGUAUGACAUGAUAUAAAAAGUGCGAAAAAGAGAAGAAAUUAUGACUUCGAAAUUAUUCUCCAGUGGUUCAAAACCUUGAUGAAACGCAUCCGAAAAGUAUCUACAGCGAAGUACAUUAGACAGACAAGAAGAACAAGUAAGAGUAAGCAGACAGAGACAAACAAGAGGAGAGAUAGGGGAAGAGAGGAAAUGGUUGGAGAGUAACAUGAGGAUAUAAAGGAUCGUGAAACCAAAAUGUGACGUCACAAAAACGUCAUAAACUUGCGCGAACGCCCACAACUUUAUCAAGCCGCAUCCAGCGCCCAUCGCUUACCAUGACCGACGUGGGCGUAGAAGGGGGUUGCUGUGUGGGCGGCAGCAAAGGAGGAAGAGGCGUGGGAAAUGGGCUGAGCUUAUUAGACGGGGAUUCGUGGGAAACAAGAGCAAACGAACUUUUUAAUCUAUGCGAUCGAGAAAGCAAAGGAUUCAUCACCAAACGCGACUUGCAGAGGCUGUGGGGGGAGCUUCCUCUGGGUCCGGACGAGCUGGAGGGCGUGUUCGAUUCCCUGGACGAAGACCACAACGGCUUCCUCUCCCUUGAGGAGUUCACUGACGGAUUCGGUCGACAUCUCGGCCUGAUAGUACAGUUCAGAGCAGACGAGGAACCUCUCCUGACCUCCGGAGUCGCGAUCGAGGACGAGAAUAGAAGCGAGGACGAUGACGACGCCACAGAUCUCUCCAAGGAACAGCUGGAUUAUCUCCUCGACAGACUCCUCGAGCAGGACCUUGAGAGCAACUCAGCGGUGGUGGAAGCUGUGUGGAGACAGGUGUGCGGCGCGAGGACAGGUGUGGAGGAAGUGGAAGACGGGGGCGAGGGAGGAGGAGGAGGAGGAGGAGGAGGGAGCGACAUCUCUCCCUCCCACGGUGCCGGGCUGGGACGCCUCGUGGUGGCUCUCAUGCAGGAGCUUACCAGGAUGAAGCACGAGCACACGCGGCUGGAGGCUGCGCUGGCGGCAAAGGCAGAGGACUACAACAAGCAGGUCUCGAAGUUGUACGAGGAGCUAGAGUGCCAGAUCAGCGGAGAGAGGUCAAAGGUGGCACUCGAGCACAGUCAGAAGGAGGCGCGCGCACUCGCUAGUUUGGAAAAUGAGGUAGCAGAGAGGGAGGCGGCGCUACGGAGCCUGGAGGACGAACAGCUGAAGAUGAGGCAGCGGCUUGAGCAGGUCUUGGCAGCCGAGACCGCAGCUCGAAGCGAAAAUUCGUUCCUCUCGCAACAUGUGGAGAAGCUCGAGGCCGACUUGAACCGCCGCGAAUCCGAAGUGCAAGAGCUACAGUCCGCCCUCGACGCCCUCAAGCAUAAGACUAAGGAGGAGAAACGCAGGAGAGCUCACCAAGCCUUCAAGGUGACCGAGGGCAUCGCGAGGGAGAGAGAGAGCCUGGUCACGCAGCUGGACCUCCUUCGCUCCAUCAACACGCAGCUGCGGGACGAGCAGGACCAGGCCGGGGGACCGCACAGCCACCUGCGUCGAAGGUGCAGAGAGGGCGGGGGCGGCCUUGGGAGUUCUGGCUCCUCUAGCUCCGCCUCCACUCCGACGUCGACCAAUGGCAUGGCAGGAAACAGCAGCGUCCUGUCCCAACUGACGACGGAGGGCGGAGUUAAGGUUGAGAUGACCCCGCCCACUGACACCCGCCCGAUACCGCCCAAUCACCUCCCUCUCCUACCUAGCCCCGCCCAUUGCCUUUCUCUACCUCCAGGUGCGUGGUCACCGUCGAACCGGAGCAGCGACUGUGAACACGAUGAGGAUUAUUUCAACCAUGUAGCCAUAGGCGUAGGACCGCCCAUGCCGCCCUUGGAGAGCACCACGCCCAUAGAGCAAAGUCUCCUGAAGGAGUUGUUGGAGCAGCCCGUCCUCUGCGCAUCGUGCGGGGGAACCAAUCCUGACGCGAUAGAUACUGUGGGAGGAAAAGCUUCCACACACGCUCUUCUCCACCGUAAGGACUCCAUGACCCAGACUCCUUCUCCCUCCUCCGCCUCCUCCCCCUCUCGCCUCCCCCUUACCCCCGCCCCACGAAGGAUCGAUUCCUCUUCCAACACGGAUUCAAGAGAGAAAGAGAAGGACGAAGGGGAAGAGGAAGAGGAGGAAAAGGAAGAGAGUGACACGUUAGAAGUCGGUGUGGAUGGAAGGUGUCUUUGUGAGAGACGCGACAGCCAGUCCUCCGUGAGCUCUCAGCACUCCGCCACCAUCCUCAUCUACCACCCGGGUCGUCGGUCCUCCUCGCCCGACGCCCACCCGCCUGACGCCCAGCACCCUCCCGCUGUCCCCGCCCACCCUCCUCUCACGCGCACCCCCGCCCGCCACCAGAAACUCCCGCAGAGCACCCCGCCCAGGCCCCGGCACUCCAACCUCGGCGUUCGGUUUUCGGACGAGCUCGAAGUGCAGUUCUUCGAGACCGGGGAUGGAGACGGCAGCUCCCGCGUUGUCAGGAGGCAAAUGGUUGACCUCGCUAACGCUUCCGACGUGUGUUCAAGUACAGGUGGAUCGGGAUCCGAGUGCGCAGCGGGUCAAGGAGGUUCGAAGGGGUCCGUGUCUUGUGGACUUUCAUGCGAACACGAUGCCGAUGGAGACGGAUCUUCACAUGAUAUCGGCGCCAGCAACGGACUGAAUAAAUGCGUCACCGGAGACUGUGAAGAUUCAUCGGGAUCAGACUCCGAAACCGGCAGAGGACGUGGAAGUUCAGAGACACCGAAAUCCAACGGCCUCUCCAGGGACGACGGAGCGGGAGAUUGCAAACCUUCGUCUGACGAAAAACAAAGUGAUAAGGACGGCGAAAACAACAGCAGCAGCAGCAGAGCCAACGACAAUACUAGCAAUAACGACAACAAGUGCAACUACAGCAACGGCAACGACAGGAACCACCAUAGCAACAGUCGCGACGAAGAAGACGUCACUCAGCCAACACGCAUCCUCAACCUGCAGGUACUCGAGCCAAGAAUGACGCAAUACCUCAAGCUGCAUUACAUGAGGCCAGUCUUCACCCUCGAAGGCAGACGCUUUGUCUCAGAAGGCCAGGAAGAGGCGCUGAGAGAAGAAAUAGAGAAGGAGAGAGGAAGACGAGACAAACAAGAAUGUUACAUCAGGGGAAGUCAAGAAUGUCUGGUUUUCCAUCAUUCAGAAUCUCAGUUUUCGAGUUUCUCAGCUCUUAUGGGCGAGGAUGGGAGGAGAGUGGCGGACAGUGUGGACCACAACAAAGAGAAAAACAACAACGAAGUCAGAGGCCUCGGGACGUCACUAAACGGGAAAGCGGAAUUAGAGGAAAAGGCAAAAGAGGAAGAAGUAAUAAAGAAGAGUGAAGGGAGGAUGGCAAAACCCCCUCCCGUUCCUGGCCCCCCUCGUAUGUUCAAAGUCGUUCUCAUUGGCGACUCCGGAGUGGGGAAAACCUCCUAUAUACACAGGGCGUGCACGGGAGAGUUCAGAGGAGACUUUGGGUGCACUGUGGGCGUGGAUUACCGUGUCCUGGAAGUGGUGGUGGGCGGCGUGAGGGCGGUCUUGCAGCUCUGGGACACGGCCGGUCAGGAGCGCUUCCGGUCUAUCACUCGGCAGUAUUACAGGAAAGCUGACGGCGUCGUGGUGAUGUAUGACGUCACGAACGAACAAUCAUUUAUUAGUGUCAACGACUGGCUUACGUCAGUGAAGGAAACAGCAGGAGCGGACGUAAGCGUGGCCGUUCUGGGCAACAAGUGCGACCUGGCAGCUGCUCGGCGAGUUCCGAAAGACAUUGCAUACAAGAUGAUUAGGAGCCACAACUGCCUGAUGUACGAAGUGAGCGCAGCCUCGGGCAACGGAGUGCAAGAAUCGAUCAAGCAUCUCGCAGCUCUUUUAGCCACUCAGCAGGAGCACGACCUGGUCACCAGCACGGCUCUCGACCUACACAGCGAAGGGAAGAAGAAGAAAUACUGUUGUCGAGAAUGAGUCAAAAUUCACAGAGGUUUUGGAGAAUUUAUUGUUGUUGUUGUUUUUUUUGUUGUUGUUGUUGUUAUUGUUGCUAUUAUUAUUAUUAUUAUU